ACUGGUUUAUUGAAUCGAAAUGUCAGAAAGAACUAACGUUACUGGUCAUCCGAAAACCGAUGCAACCGGUUCUUGACUCGUGAACGAGUCAUUAUCUGGCUCGGCUCGGUGUUCAUCUCUCUCUUCACAGCAGUUCAGUCAGCACGCGCAGUCUCGCUUGAUUCGCUCAAUGAUGUGCCAGCUUCAUCAAACCUGCCAUCUACAGUUCUGGCAGUGGUUUGUAAUGGAAUGAUUCGUAAAAUUAUUAUAAUUGUAACGAGUAACGAUGCAGCACAUAAAAAAAAAAAUAUCGGAGUAAAAGUAUUAAACUCAGCGAAAAUAUGUACCGAAGUAAAAGUGGAAGUAGGAGAAAAAAAUAAUACUCUAGUAAAGUACAGAUACCGCCUUUUAGUACUUAAGUACAGUAGUGAAGUAGUUCUACUUCGUUACUAUACAUCUCUGCACUGAUUGCAAUGUCCAGCCUAGCAUACGUGCCUUAUGAAGUGCUGCAGAGAAAUUGCGUUUUAAGGUUGAACGCACCUCUCCUAUUAUCACGUCUUUCUGCUCCUCUGCUGGUAAAGCUCAAUUUGUUAAAGAACAAACUAUUCCAUGAAUUUAGUAUAUGCAUCCUAAAGCAUAUACGUGAAUGUAUUACAAAAAUUGUUAAUUAUAAGGGGGUAAACUGCAGUUGAGGAGAAACUUCAGCGCGCUUCCGUUGACCGCUCUGCGCUCGCUGGAUGUAGAUGCAUCCGCGCGCUACCAUUGUCACCGGUUCUUCUCACGACUGCGGAAAGUGAAAUGGACGAAUUUAAAGAAAACGGGGCUAUAGGAAGGCAGUCCGGUCAGUGGUCUCUCCACCUUCGAGGUGUGGUCUCUUUCCAGAAACUUUCAAAACUAGGCGGCGCGUGAUGCUGCGCUCGAGAAGGUAUUCAGCAGAGAAGCGCAUGAGACUGGCCUGGUCUUCCAGGCACGAGCGGUUCAGCGCACCGCGCUCUCCAAGCAAGAGCAACAUCCACCUGCCGUCUGUGUGCCAAGUAAAGUCAGGUUAAGAUCAGUGCUGAGAAUGGGUGCUGUAAAGGGUGAGGGUGCUUUAGAUGGUGGAUGGGGAUGGAUUAUUGUGUUGGCCUCUUUCAUGGCCCAGUUCCUAUCCUUUGGAUCUCCCCAGUCUGUCGGUGUGUUGUACCCUGAGUGGCUCAGUGCCUUCCAGGAGGGAAAAGGCAUGACGGCUUGGGUCGGAUCCAUGGUGUCUGGUGUGGCGUUCAUCACCAGCCCAGUGUGCAAUGCUUGUGUGGAUAAUUUUGGUGCACGGCCGGUAACUGUCUUCAGUGGUCUGAUGGUAGCCGGAGGUCUGAUGCUGAGUGCUUUCGCUCCGAACAUCUCUUUCCUCAUCUUCUCCUAUGGCAUUGUCGUCGGUAUUGGCUGUGGACUUGUCUAUGCUGCCACCCUGACCAUAACCUGCCAGUACUUUGACAAGAGGCGUGGCCUAGCACUGGGCAUUGUCACCACAGGUACAAGUGUGGGCGGGUUCAUUUACGCCACACUCCAGAAUGAGCUCAUUGAGUUGUUUGGACUGGAGGGCUGCCUGCUUAUCGUUGGAGCACUGGCGCUCAACCUGAUGGCAUGUGCUGGGCCAAUGCGACCUAUGAACUUACCUGGAUACUACCUAAAACAGAGAGCUGCUCUACAGCGUACAGAAGAACCAGAACCACUCUACACCAAACCUACUGCCAUUAUCAUUGACUCUGAUCUCAAAACCACAUCCGGCUCAGCCGAUAACACAGUCAACAUUAAGCUUUUGAUCAUCAAGGAACCCACCCAACUGCAAGAGAGUGAAGGGGAAAGAAAAGGUGGGAUAUUGACUUGUUCAGUAGUAGCACGGGCUAUCAAAAAGCAAAUGCGCCCCUAUAGACAGUACCUUUGCAAGACUAUAGAGCUCCUGCAGGACCGUGUCUUCAUGGCUUUCUGUAUCGCCAUAUUCUUGUUCAGCUUGGGGGCGUUCCCCCCUGUACUCUUCAUGGAGGAUGUAGCCCAGAGCGAGGGGCUUAUCGAUGGGAUUGCACUAAUACCACUCGUCUCCAUUGUUGCCAUGACAACAGGCAUCGGUAAGCUGGUCCUGGGCAUCCUGGCAGACAUGCGAUGGGUGAACAGCUUGUACCUGUAUGCCCUGACGCUGACAGGCACGGGCAUGGCUCUGCUGCUCAUUCCUGUGUCGAAAAGCUACAUAGGUCUGCAAGUUUUAUCAGCCGCAGUUGGAUUUUUCUCAGGGAACUGGUCUCUCACAUCCUACAUCACUACCAAGAUAGUGGGCAUUGAACGACUCAGCCAGGCUCACGGCAUUCUCAUGUGCUUCGGGGGGUUUGGAAUCACCCUCGGGCCACCUGUUGUAGGUUGGUUUUUCGACUGGACUCAGUCAUAUGACUUGGCAUUUUACUUCAGUGGCACUUGUGUUUUAGUGUCUGGAAUUUUUCUGUUCUUGUUCUGUUCCACUCUGCCUUGCUGGAACGGGACGUCAGAGGAGGGAAAUUCCCCUGCAGAAGAGGACAUCAACACUUCUCGACAGCCCACUCUUGAUUGUGACAAAGUAGCUUCUGUGGCUUGAACAAUCUCUCAAAGGUCUAAAAACGACCUUGGUCUUAACAUUCUGCUGAACAUGUAGAAGAUUGACUUCCUUUUCCUAUGGUUUUCUUAUCUGGUAUGGAUUUGACAGGGGACUUCUCAUGUUGCCAAACAUUUUCUUUUGUUCAAAGCAAUACAUUUUUGUAUAUCUCCCACAAACCCUGUCAUUUUGAGAGGGUGUAUUCAUUUUUCUUAGAUGCUUUUAAGACUGCCUCUUUUUUAGGCUUAUAUAUAGCAGAAGUUGUUUGCUAGUAGCAUAAGUAGAUUGUUUACUGAACACAGAUUCUGUUUUUUGUAGAUCUUGAUCACUUGAAUUGUGUUACUUUACUCUCCAAGAUGAAUGGUCUCACCGUGUUGGAUGUGGACAUCAUCAACCUAUGAAGAUACAUGCUAGCAUCAAUGAGAACAUUUGUCACUGAAAGCUGCAGAGAGAUAUAAUAUGUGAAUGGAGUUUUUACUUACCAUGAAAAACAUUUUAAAAAUCCAUAUCCAAAGAUUUAUUUAGUUAUUUCUGGAAUAACAAGGACUUUGAAAUAGUAACUGCACAUUAUCUUCCUGUUUUUGUUUUGUUUUGUGUUUUUGUUUUACAAGAGUCUCCUUCACACAGGGCCAUCCUUAAGGGGCUGUAACUGUUGCAGCCGCACUGGACCCUGCACUUGAGGGGGCCCUGCCUUCACAUUAUCUUCUUUUUUUUGUCUGCAAUACCAAAGUGACAACAAAUUGAAUUUAAUUGGUAGAGAGAAGCCUUAUUUUGAAAUUGUCUUACUUUAGCCACAUUUGAUUUUAAGACAUACCUCAGCAUGUUCUGCAUCUCUAAUCGGUAGCAAUGUAGAAAUAUCUGAAUAUGCUGAAGUCCAUAAAAAAAAAAAAAAAAGAGACAGAAUUUGAUUCUGUGAUUAAUGUAUGUGUAUGUCUGCACCAGGUAAUAUGGUAAUCCUUCACAGUUUUUUAACAGGCUGGUCCCUGACAACACUAUAUAUUUUAUUACUGUAUAUGUGAGAUGCCAGUGUCAAUAUUUCACGUCAGUAUAUGUUGUAGAACCUUAAUAUAUUAUGUAUAAAUAUUUGCAAAUGAAUGUUAAGAAAAUGCCACUACACUUUUGACCAAAAGACUUGCUUUGUGUCUUGAGUAAACCUUUGACUGGGUGCAAAAUAAUUCUGUAUAAAAUGUAACAUUGUCCCCCAAUAUCAUAUAUCUGUCGUUACUUUAUUGCAGUGAGUCUGUUUUAUACAAUACUGUUAGGUAAUUUUUAGGUAAAAGUGACAAUAAAAAGAAUUUAUGACAAA